ACCAUCCAACCGACGGAUCACCGAAGGAACGAUGGCAAUCAUUUGAGUCACCGUCACGCAGAAAAUGUCUGAAGGAAACGGGUAUAUAAUGACCGAGACUGACGUCCAGUCUCUACUUCUUUCUAGUCAAACUCUCCCAACUCCUCAUCUUUUCUUGCUGCUAUCAUCCUUCCCUCCCUAGUUGAUCCCCUCCACAACACGGCAUCAAAGACCUCCCCAAACAACGAUACCCCAUACAAUCACUUCAACACCUACCCCAUCACACCAUGCCUUUUGGCUCAAGAGGACCUGGAAUGUAUGAUAAUGCUAGCCAUGGCCAUGUUACUGGUCUUUACUACACCGAAGCCGUCAAUGAAUGGCAUCUCCAACGACACUAUCUCCCCCAACUUGAACUCUCCGUCUACACACACAUUGUAGGCUCGUCAAGCAGAACCACUCUGACGCAGACAUUUGUCAACCCUUCUGCUGAAAAGAGCAUCCCAGAGCUGAGGUACACAUUCCCGCUGUAUGAUGGCGUCUCCGUCGUUGGUUUCGUCUGCACCAUCAACGAAGACCGUGUGAUUCGCGGAGUCGUCAAGGAGCGUUCCGAGGCUCGGAAAGAGUACCAAGAAGCCGUCGACAGGGGCGAAACCGCCGGCCUGCUGGAACAGCUUCCCAAUGCCAGUGAUGUCUUCACCACCACCGUCGGCAACGUCCCUGCUGGUGCUUUUCUCAAGGUGGAGAUCACUUAUCUGGGCGAGCUGAAGAAUGAUGCCGGGGUGGAUGGAAUCCGGUACACCAUUCCAACUUCUGUUGCUCCUCGCUACGGUGAUUUCCCUGGUACCCUUCUCGAUGCUCCCCAAGCCGUUACCAAGUCUGGUAUCCAGAUCACCGUCGAUGUUGAGACGCCGAAUGGCUCAAACAUCAAGAGCAUCCAGUCUCCGUCCCAUCCCAUCUCUGUCACCAUCGGUAACACCUCCUCUGGAGCAGCUGCCGGCACUGAUAUGUCAUUGCAGAAAGUCUCCGCUACCUUGGCCCUUGGCACCGCAGAGCUUGCUCAGGACUUCAUUUUGCAAGUGGUUGCCACCAACACAGGCAAUCCGAUUGCCCUGCUGGAGACACACCCUAAUAUUUCCCAGCAGCGGGCCUUGAUGGCGACACUGGUGCCAAAGUUCAAUCUCCCCUCAUCGCGCCCCGAGAUCGUCUUUGUCUGUGACCGCUCUGGCUCUAUGAGCGGUACUAGAAUCGAAGGCCUCAAGUCUGCUCUUCGAGUUUUCCUAAAGUCCAUCCCCGUGGGCGCCAAGUUCAACAUUUGUUCAUUCGGUUCCACUCACGAGUUCCUGUUCAGAGAUGGCUCUCGGUCAUAUGACCAGGAGAGUCUCAGACUAGCAAUGGAGUACGUAAAUUGGAUGUCUGCCGAUUUUGGAGGCACCGAGAUGUAUCAACCACUCGAAGCUGCGUUCGAGCAGCGCUACAAAGAUAUGGACCUGGAAGUCUUCUUGCUCACUGACGGCGAGAUCUGGGAUCAGGAACGGUUGUUCACCAUGAUCAACGAGAAGGUUUCUAAGUCCCAGGGCGCAAUCCGCUUGUUUACCUUGGGAAUUGGCAAUGAUGUCAGCCAUGCUCUCAUCGAAGGCGUCGCUCGUGCUGGCAACGGGUUUGCCCAGUCCGUCACCGACGAUGAAAAGAUGAACGCCAAGGUAGUCAGGAUGCUCAAGGCGGGUCUGACGCCUCACGUCAAGGACUACACCUUGGAGAUCAAGUACGACAAGGACUCUGACGCCGGAGCGAAGACAAUCGACGAGGAAAUGGACGAUUUUGAAAUCGUUGAAAAGGUCACCGACUCUUUGGCCAUCCGUCUCGCCGAGGACAAGACUUCUGACGGCGCGGCCAAGCCAACCGAGCCCGUCAAGCCAAUUUCCCUCUUUGACACCUCAGCCGAUCUCGACAUCGAGAUGCCUGAUGCUGAUGCCGACACAUCUUCUGGAGGGAAGUUCUCGCACGUUCCCUCAGUCCCCGAACCCAAGAUCCUCCAAGCGCCUUUCACCAUCCCCCCGCUCUACCCUUUCAUCAGGACCACCGUGUACCUUCUGUUCUCCCCCGGUACGACACAGAAAAUACCCAGAUCAGUCGUCCUCCGCGCCACCUCCGCCCACGGGCCCCUCGAGCUUGAGAUCCCAGUUGCCGUGCUGGAGGAGAAGGGCCAGACGAUCCACCAGCUCGCCGCCCGCAAAGCGGUUCAGGAACUGGAAGAGGGUCGCGGGUGGAUACACCACGCCAAGGACUCGAAUGAUCCAGAGCAAAGACUGCUCAAGGACAAGUACGAAGGCCGCUUCUCCGAUAUGGUGGAGAGAGAGGCCGUCAGGUUGGGAGUCACCUUCCAGGUGGGAAGCAAGUGGUGCAGCUAUGUCGCGGUGGAGGAGAAGGACCGGACGGAGCACGAAGUAAAUCAACGGGUUUCUGGAACUUCCUCGGACGAGUCUGUUGACCGCCCCGAGUCUUACCGUGUUCAAAAGCGAAGUAGGGCACGAGGCGCCAGUGAGGAUUACGUCGAGGAGGCUUUCGUCCUUGAGGCUUUCGAUGUCGAUUCUUCUUCUCCUGCGACAUCUCCUGCCGGAGGAGGCCUCUUUGGUGCUCAGCCAAAUGCUGUUUCAUAUUCUCUGGCAUCGGCUCCUGGCUCGGGGCUCUUUGGUAAGGGUAAGUUAGAUUCUUCUUAUAAUUUGCCGGCAACGGCUAUGUAUCCCCAUCCGGCGGAUCACCCUUCUUUUCGUAUGUUCAUGCCUCCUCCUGGACCACUUUGCUGUGCACUUUCUGAUGACAUUUUUUCUGUUCCACCAAAUUAUUUGGACUUUGCCACUGUUUCAUCUCCGUCUGCUCCUGAUUCUAAAGACUUCUUUCCACUUGAUUCCUUGGACUCUAUUUUUGUUCCAUCUACUUCUGAUUCUGAUUCUGACGAUAUCGUUCCACCUACAGCAGCACAGAUGGUCACAACUACAGCCUUCGGGGCCGCAGCCACAUCUCAAGGCUUCGGAGCUGCAACUCGAGCCUUCGGGGCCACUUUCCAUAGUGUAGACGAUCUAGCAGACGAAUCCGCCGAACUCCAGACCGAGACACCACCCCUCGAGCCGCUCGAAGCCCUCGUGAGCCUCCAGCACUUCGACGGCUCCUGGUCUUGGAGUGAGAAAUUGCUUGAAGUUUUGGGGCAGUCCGAGUUGACGGAGGAGAAGAAAGUUGAGGAGCGCUAUGGAGUGUCGAUUCCCAACACAAACAUGCUUGCCACGGCUUUGGUGUUGGCGUAUUUGGAGGUCAAGUUGGCGGAUGAGCGGGAGGAGUGGGAUAUGUUGGCUGAUAAGGCUAGGGAGUGGUUGAUGGGUGAACUUGCCAAGAGCUCCGAGAAGGGUCUGUUGUCUGUUGAGGAGUAUGUGGAGAAGCUCAAGGAGUCUCUGUAGGGUGGUGGGCAAGAGGUGAGGCUGGCUUGAAUUGUAUGCUGGAUAUCAGGGCGGAAAGGAUAGUACAGGAUAAUGCUGUAGAUAGUUUCUGAAGGAGCAAGAUCAAUUGAUGUCUUUCACUCCCAACAACCGUUCCC